GCCGCCCGCGCCCGCCGCGCCCCGGGAAGAUGCUGAGCAGGUGGAUGAGUGGCAGCAGCAGGAACCUGGACCGCGAGUACAACUGCACCGUGCGGCUGCUGGACGACAGCGAGUACACCUGCACCAUCCAGAGAGAUGCCAAGGGCCAGUACCUGUUCGACCUUCUCUGCCACCACCUGAACCUGCUGGAGAAGGAUUACUUCGGCAUCCGGUUUGUGGACCCCGACAAGCAAAGGCAUUGGCUGGAGUUUACCAAGUCAGUUGUGAAGCAGAUGCGGGCCCAGCCUCCCUUCACCAUGUGCUUCCGUGUCAAGUUCUACCCCACGGACCCCGCGGCGCUGAAGGAGGAGAUCACCAGGUACUUAGUCUUCCUGCAGAUCAAAAGGGAUCUGUACCACGGGCGGCUCCUGUGCAAGACGUCGGACGCGGCGCUGCUGGCUGCCUACAUCCUGCAGGCUGAGAUUGGGGACUAUGACCCAGGGAAGCACCCAGAAGGUUAUAGCUCCAAGUUCCAGUUCUUCCCCAAGCACUCAGAGAAGCUGGAGAGGAAAAUUGCGGAGAUCCACAAGUCGGAGCUGAGUGGGCAGACACCAGCUACUUCAGAGCUGAAUUUUCUCAGGAAAGCCCAGACUCUGGAGACCUACGGGGUUGACCCACACCCAUGCAAGGACGUGUCGGGGAACGCGGCAUUUCUGGCCUUCACGCCCUUCGGGUUCGUGGUUCUGCAGGGAAACAAGAGAGUUCACUUCAUCAAGUGGAACGAGGUGACCAAGAUGAAAUUCGAAGGGAAGACUUUCUACUUGUAUGUAAGUCAGAAGGAGGAGAAGAAAAUUGUCCUCACCUACUUUGCCCCGACACCAGAAGCCUGCAAACACCUCUGGAAGUGUGGGAUUGAGAACCAGGCUUUCUACAAGUUGGAGAAGUCGAGCCAGGUGCGGACGGUGUCCAGCAGCAACCUGUUCUUCAAGGGGAGCCGCUUCCGGUACAGCGGCCGUGUCGCCAAGGAGGUGAUGGAGUCCAGCGCCAAGAUCAAGAGGGAGCCCCCGAGCGUCCCCAGGGCUGGGCUGGUGCCGAGCCGGAGCUGCCCAUCCAUCACGCACGGCCCGCGGCUGAGCAGCGUGCCCCGCACCCGCCGGAGAGCCGUCCACAUCUCCAUCAUGGAAGGCCUGGAGUCCCUGCGUGACAGCGCCCACUCGACCCCGGUGCGCUCGGCUUCCCACGGCGAUGCCUUCGCGGGCCCCGGGCGGGGCGGCCGCGCCGAGAGCAGCGAGCGGGUGGCCGUGAUCGCCGACGAGAGCUACAGCCCGGCCGACAGCGUGCUGCCCACGCCCGUGGCCGAGCACAGCCUGGAGCUGAUGCUGCUCUCGCGCCAGGCCAACGGGGCCCCGUGCAGCAUCGAGGAGGAGAAGGAGUCGGAGGCGGGCACGCCGGCGGCAGAGGCGGAGGUGGGCGAGCUGCGGGCGCUGUGCCCGGGCGCCGGCGGCCUGGGGCCGGCACAGGCCCAACAGGUGAAUAAGUUUGUUUUAAGUGUCCUCCGUUUGCUCCUUGUGACAGUUGGACUCCUCUUUGUUUUGCUCCUCCUCCUGAUCGUCCUUACUGAGUCCGACCUUGACACUGCCUUUUUCCGUGAUAUCCGCCAGACCCCCGAGUUCGAGCAGUUCCAUUACCAAUACUUUUGUCCCCUCAGGCGAUGGUUUGCCUGCAAGCUCCGCGCCGUGGUAAGCCUGCUCAUUGACACCUGAAGGCAGGAGGCACCACGGGGGCCUGGGGAGAGACCUGCCGCCGUCCCCGCGUGGGACCCGCCGGGCACACACUAACCCUCCCUUCCCGACCCAGAGCCCGGCGCGGCCCGGGAGGCGGCUUUCCGGGAGGAAGAUGAGGGUGGGCGCAGCCCCCGGAGCCUCCUCCCUGUGCCUGGCCGCCCGCUCCCACCCCCCGGAGCCCGCACAACACUUCCUGCCCCGAUCUCACGCGCAUGACUUGGGAAGCACCGAGCAGAGAGGAAUUCAUUGCUCUGCCACCCCCACGCAGCACCGGGGCUGGCGGUGCCAUUCCGCAGGACCUUUAGCAAUGGUGCUACUGAGGUUUAAUUUAACACUCGUGUACUGUUACGGUAUCAAAUCUGCACUGUGCCCACCACCACCGCCCUCCACGAACCGCUUGGCAGAGCCCUCCCUGCUCGCCGGAGCCUCCUCCGAGGUGACGCACAGCGCGAUGUUCUCGGGGACGCCCCGGUGCCCCCUCCCCACGGCGCAGCGAUCGGAGCCCUCGCCCUGCUGCGGACUCAGCCCUUCGCCACCUUUUUAAGCCUUGAAGCAUCGGUGCUCCUGAGGGCAGGGGAGCACAGGCAGCCAGGGAAUGCCGGGCACACACGGCCAAGCCUGGCACAGAGCUGGAGUGACUGCGUCAGAUUUACUGGGAAGACCUUUACCCUCCGCCAGUUGUACCUGUUUUGUAAAAAAACCAAGCAAAAAGAACAAAAAAAACCCAAAAAACAAAAAACAUUUCAAGGUCUAUUUUAACAAGGAAAUGCUAUUUUGUUAUGGAAUCUAAUCCAGUCUUUUUUUACUUCAUGGAUGGGGUGACCGUGGGUGCCGGUACCGAGCAGUUCCCAGUGAGCAAAUGGUUGAGGAGCAAACGCUUCCAUAGGGCAGGAGCCCAAUGCCAGGCAAGCCCUGCUGGGUUUGGGACAGAGAAGGAGCUCUGGGUCUGGGACUCUUCUGAAGAGGACAGAAGUUCAGGAGCACAGGUGACACUGAAGAAGCCAACGGACACCAUUAGCCCCAGCUGUUCUUAAGCAAAAGUCAAUAAACCUGACUCAUCGUGCUGGUGACACCCCCCAGGACCGGUGAUCACCGGGAGCAGCAGCCCAUCCAUAGGGAGCAAUAACAGCCAGUUCUGGUAAGGUUUGGGUGAGAAGCUGGACGUAUUAGCAAAAAAAUAAAAGGUGAAAGCAGCUGAACAAGUUUAAUUUCAUCUCAGGGAGAGAUUUUCUGUAAACUGGGGCCAUAACUGCAGUUUUACAAAGCCUGAUGUCCGUGUUGUCUGUGAGCAUCCACCACCCACCGCUGAGCGGGACAGUGACGCUGGGCCAGACUGGGAUCAUGGGCACUGCAAUAAGGGGAGAGGUCCCGUUUAUCGACGUCUGUCGGGGGGCACAGACCCUCCCACCCAGGUCACUGCCACGGCCACCUGCUCACAGCACGAGACCCGAGGAGGGCCUGGGGCCCAGCCCUGGCUCUGGAGCAGGCAGGAACCCUCUGGGAAGGCUCCAGGAGCCCUCCGGGAAGGCUCCAGGAGGCGGAGGAGUGAUUUUUUUUUUUUACAUGAUAAUCCUGUUUUAUGCAACAUAGCAAAAUUAACUCUUAGUGUAGUGUUCCUACCUCAGCCCGUAGCGCUGGUGUUUCUAUGCAGUUGUGCUCGUCCCAAUGCUGAUGUUUUUCACCCCGGGUUAACGCUCUAGUGUCGUCCUUCCUCCUCCUCCUCCUCCUCACUGCGAUGUUCUGUGUGACGUGUGACAGCUCCAUCCCACGCUCCAUCCUCUUCGGACACAUCCUCCAAGUCCCCUCCUGGGACCUCCCACCCGGUUUUCCUCGGAUAACACUCCGUGCCAGCCCCAGGUCACCUCUGCCGUUGUCACCCAGCGUUUUCCUACAAGAACAUGAGAACUGGUGAUUUUGCGUUGUACGUUUUCCCGUCCGUCCCAGGUUCCGUCCCGUGUUUCAGGCCCUGUUAGUUUUACCUGGUUUUCUAUCAGAAUGUUUCCAUAGGUUCUGAGAUCAGAAACCCAUCAAUCUCGUCCUAGCAUACUGCAUCUUUCAGCAGUAGACAGUAAAAUACCUGAAAAUGUGAAUUUCUUAGUUUUCAUAAAGAAAAUCUAGAGAUUAACCUUUCAUGUGCCAAAUACUGUAAGUUACAUCCUUUCUUCCUUUGAAAUGUACCUUUUUCUACAUAUCCAAUACCUUAGUUAGCAUAAAAUCAUUGGUGCCAUGAAAAGUAUUUUUGAAUUUAAAUAAAUAUUUAAAUAUCAUGAAAAGCAGAGUUGGGAUGAGCUUUGUUCAGUAUUUCUGGUGCUGGUACUGAUUUUUUUCUUCCUUUGAGUGAAAACUCAGUUCAUCCAACUGUGAUGAAUUUGGUCUUUUAGCAGUGAAGAGCAGGCUCAGGCCACAGGGAGCUAAUGUUGCUGCAGGUGAGUCCCUCACACAUCCCUGCACUGUUUGAACACAAUUUUUACAAAUGCACCUGGAAUUUUGGGCCCCUUGUGACAAGAAAGACAUGGAACAUGCCCUGAGAUUCAGAACUGAUGGACAGAGCACAGCUGCACUCCAGCUUCCCUCAUGGAAAUGGUUGAGAAGUUCCUCAUCCACGCUGCAAGUGCUGAUCCCAUGUUUUUUCUUUUUAAAUCACUUCGUCAUUGGGGAAAAAAUCUGUUUUGGUACAAAUGUCCCAGUAGGAUUUAUUUCCAUUGAAGAUGCGAAUGCCCAAAGGUAGUUUAAAGGAUUUAUUUAUUUAUUUAUUUAUUUAAGGCUUUU